AUGGAGAACGAAGAUGGAACUCCUCGAAAUUGGCUUAAUAAAGCCAAACAGUCUCGUGCUGGCACCGCUGAACACGAUGAGACAAUCGUCGGAGAGACGAGCUAUAUAUCUUCAGUCUCUUAUGAUGGGAGUGGUAUUGGAAGCGUGGUGAACAAUCCAUUUGUAUUUGGAGCGGCUGUUCUUGCGUCAUUAGGUGGAUUCUCCAUGGGUUAUGAUAUGGGAGUUAUUUCUCUCAUCAAUAACAUGGAUCAAUUCCAUGCUAGAUACCCAUUUGCCAAGUCAUCUUUCGGAGAGGAAUUCAUGACGGCGAUGCUGCUCCUGGGUGCUUUCGUGGGUUGUAUCUUCAUGCCUUAUGCGGCUGACCGUUACUCUCGAAAAAUGGCCAUCACGGCGUGUGUGGUGAUUUUUGAUAUCGGUGCAAUAAUCCAAACGGCAGCCCCAAACUAUGCAGCUUUGGUUGUUGGUCGAUUUAUUGGAGGUAUCGGAGUCGGUACAUUGGCUAUGGUAACGUUUCCUUUAACCCCCUCACAUUGA